CUCCUGCGUGCAAUGGUCGAACUCCGCAAACUCACGGCUGGCGUUCUGGCCACCGCAAAGGCGGUAUGGAAAGGUGGCAGCCCCUUUACCGCCCUCACGGCCCUGUGGCCGGUAAACGAUGAGGGGAAAUACACCAUCGAGUCAGAGGGCAUCAAGAUCGCCUUCACCAACCACGGAGCUGCCGUCACCAAUCUGUGGGUGAAGGACAAGAACGGUGACAAAAUCGAUGUUGUGCUCGGCCUCGACCACGCCGACAUGUACCCUGACACCCAGUCGAAUCCGUACUUGAACGGCAUCAUCGGCCGGUAUGCGGGCUACAUCAGCGGCGCCGGCUACGAGGCCGACGGUAUUAUCCAACGUGUCUGGGCCAACGCCAACAGCGGCCUUGCUACGUUCAACGGUGGGAGCAAGGGCUGGGGUCGGCUUGACUGGGCUGUCCCAUCCAACGAGAAGGACAGCAUCACGUUUGUCAUGUUUGACAAGGGCAAGAACGGCUUCCCCGGCCUGUUUGUCGGCUGCCUGACGCACACCGUCACCCCUUACGAAUGGCACAUCGGGUAUGGAGUGACCCCGUUGCUGAUGCCGGGCGGGCCCAUCAACAUGGCUCAGCAGGCCUUUUUCAACCUCGAUGGGUUGAGAAGGACGACGAAAAACGGGACCGUGGCGUCUGUUCUCGACUACACCCUCCACUUGCCCCUGUCCGGGAUGCGGUUUGACUUUGACGAGCUCGGUAUCCCGACGGGUAACUUGCUAAGCAACAGAAGAGGGACAGAGCAUGACUUAUGGUCUGGGCCGAAGAUGAUCAGGGACAUGCUGAGCAAGAACCCCGACGCCAUGGAGUCAGCGUAUGACCAGACGUUUGCAAUUGCGCACAAGUACGCCGACAUCAGCAGGCGGGACAAGCCGGUGGCGGUUCUCUCGUCGCCAUACUCGGGAUUGACAUUGGAGGUAUACACGGACCAGGACGCUCUUCGUGUGCAUACGUGGAGUGAAGAGACGAACGGGCCCCUGAAUCUCAAGCGGAGCCAGGGCGAGGGCACCGUCCCCCGCCACGGCGCCAUCUCGUUUGAGCAGUCCGAGUGGCCCGAUGCUGUCAAUCAUCCCGAGUGGAUGCACAGGAAGUCGCUAUGGGGCAACCUGGACAUUUACACCGGAUACAUGGCGUAUAAAUUUAAAGUGGAUCAGGGGCAAAUAGGGCCGAAGAAGUGAUAGGAUGUAGCAAG